GCCAUUUCACAACGCCGCGCCGUCCCACGCAGCUCCGCUCCAUCCUCUUCCGCCGCCGCGGCGCCGCCUUCCCGAGCCGCUCCCGCCGCCUGCUCCUACGGCAGCUACACCCCUCGCGGCGGCGCGGCUCCAUCCCACCCCGUCGCUCCCAUCGACCUUAUCCUUUCCCCGUCCCCACCGAGAAAAGCCCUGAACGCCAUUCAUUCCUGUAGCUCCACCGCCGCCUUCUCGUCCUACUCCAUCUCUCCUGCUCCGGCCGUAGCGCCGCCGUGCCGCUCGCCCGUGCUUGAUAGCUAUCCUGCAUCUCCGCUCCCGCGACGCCUUUUACGCGACCGCAACCAGUGCCGUCCGUCCGGCCGCCUCCUCCACAUCCCUACUAUUCUAAAAUCAGGAGCCCCCUCAAAACCCUGCCUCAUCCCGUCGCUCGCGUCGCACGGGAAAGAUUGGUAUGCUCGCCGCCGCCUGGAGGCUGUCGCAGCGAGCCGUCACGUCUCCUCUCCUUGGCAUCGGCCGACCCCAAAUCCGGAGCCCUUCCUCCACCAUGGCGUCUCUCUCGCCGGCCGCCGCCGCCUCUCCGAAGAGGCUGAGGGUCUACUCGUCCGCCGCCGCCGACGGCGCGGGGAGCGGCAAGAGGGUGGGGACCCACAAUGGCAGCUUCCACUGCGACGAGGCGCUCGGCUGCUUCCUUAUCCGCCUCACCUCCCAGUUCGCCGGCGCUGACGUCGUCCGCACCCGCGACUCUCAGAUCCUUGAUACACUGGAUGCCGUGCUUGAUGUCGGUGGUGUCUAUGAUCCCAGCCAGCAUCGCUAUGAUCAUCACCAGAAGGGCUUCAAUGAGGUUUUUGGACAUGGAUUCAACACAAAACUUAGCAGCGCUGGACUUGUGUACAAGCAUUUUGGUAAGGAGAUAAUUGCGAAGGAGCUUGGGGUUAAUGAAGACCAUGAAGAUGUUCACCGCUUGUAUCUUGCAAUAUAUAAAAGCUUUAUUGAGGCACUUGAUGCAAUUGACAAUGGAAUCAAUCAAUAUGACACAGACCAACCACCAAAGUAUGUGAACAAUACACACUUGUCUUCACGUGUUGGGCGUCUUAAUCCAGACUGGACUGAUCCAGACCAGUCACCUGAGAAGGAGAAUGCGGCAUUUCAACAGGCAAUGAUGCUAGCUGGAAGUGAAUUUAUGGAGAGUGUUCGCUUUCAUGUUAAAUCAUGGUUACCUGCAAGAUCUAUUGUGCUGGAGUGUUUGCUAUCAAGAGGGGAGGUUGACCCAAGUGGAGAAAUCAUGGUUUUGGAUAGAUUCUGCCCGUGGAAGCUUCAUCUAUUUGAGCUUGAAGAGGAGCUGAAGAUUGAUCCUCUGACCAAGUAUGUGCUGUAUGAGGAUGUGAGGAGCCAGAGCUGGCGAGUGCAAGCUGUCAGUGUAGCUCCCGACAGGUUUGAGAGCCGAAGGGCUCUGCCGUGGAGGGGCAUGAGAGACGAUGAACUGUCUGCUGAAACUGGCAUUCCUGGAUGUGUGUUUGUCCAUAUGAGUGGUUUCAUCGGGGGCAACAAGACCUACGAGGGAGCGUUGGAAAUGGCAAGAGCUGCUCUGAAAUUCUGAUUUUUCAACCAAAGCAUCUGUCAGUAACAGUCUUAUCCAUGUUACCGCUGGUUUAGUAAACACGAGUUUCAGCAGCACAUUAUGCAAUUUUGGCCUGCCCAUGUUAUCAUUGACUUGUAGCCGUAGCUGCCAGUCCCAUUCAGUUCAGUUUCAUGGUAUAGUUAUCAAAAUUGAAAACUAGGUAACCGUACCGUCUAAGUUUUACGAGGAUGAAAUUUGUCUCUCAUCCCAUGAAACUCUCUUCUUUUCUCUCUUCACCGUAUCAGCAAAAUUGAUGAUGUGACAUAGAAUUUAAUAAUACGAAACUCUCCGUGAAACUCUCAUCGGAACUAACCUUAUCCUCAUCGUACAGAAGAGAUGGAUGUUUUUAUUUU